UCUAAUCCACAGUAACGUGUGUUUCCGUCUGCAGCACCGUCAGGAGACCAGCAGUGACAGGAUGACCUUGUACGGCCUCAUGAUGAAGCCCAUUCAAAGGUUCCCACAGUUCAUUCUGCUGCUACAGGACAUGUUGAAGAACACACCGGUGGGCCACGCAGACCGCCUGCCGCUCCAGAUGGCCCUGACCGAACUGGAGACACUGGCAGAGAAGCUGAAUGAGAAGAAGAGAGAAGCUGACCAGCGGUGCGAGAUCCGCCACAUCGCGAAGGCCAUGAACGAACGCUACCUCAACAAGGUCUGAGUCUGUGUUUUCUGUCACUGGAACGAUUAUUUUAUACCCUGUGCCGUGGGCGGCCAUCAGGCACCUGAGCUUCAUGCUCUUCCACCAACUCUUCUUCUAACAUGAAUGUGGUUAUUUUAGCACAUUGUGUGUGAAGCAGCAGCUUUGACUGAGGUAUAAUUAUUUGCCUAUGUGCAGCCGCCCACUGGUUUAUAAAGAGACGUGUGUUUACAGGACACC